GAUUCAUAAUUUUUAUCAUCACUAGUAAAUCAUUACAGCUAGUUCAAAACUAUUGACAGGGUCAAAAGGUGGACUUGCUAGUUGACUUCUAAAUGAAGACAUAUGAGGACAUGUAGGCUAUUUUUACAUCGUCAAAUCACGUACUAAGUUAAAUUAUAUUCAGAAAUAAACUUCUAAAAAAGGUUUUGCCGAUCAACAAUUAUCGAACAAACAUACAAGUAUUUGUAUUGAGCUGUUGCAGAAUGUUCCACAUAUAUCUUUAUUUCUGCAACAGAAAUGUCCGUUUUCAUGGGAAUUCCAUUUUUGUUUACGCUUUGUGUGUCUCUGAGAAGGAAGAAAUAGCUCGUUUCUCUCCAUUGAGACCCAUUAUUAGAUUACGAGCUCAGAGGUCUCAUGGGGGUCUACCGGAAAGGGCGGACUUACAAGCUAGCCGUUAUUGGCGAGGGAGAGGGCGGGACUUUCUGAUGCAUGGGUUUAGCGGCGAGUAAGAGGGACAAAUCUAAGGGCCAUCCCUUUCCGUCUGAAAUCCAUGGUUAUGACUGAAAUAGAAAAAAAAUAAAGAUGUGUACAUGUUUCGGGCAUACAUUUUGUCACAGUCAUGCUUUUCAGGGAGUCGGCUGCUCAUAGGAAGUAAAGACUGAAAAUUACCGGGAUAGCGAUGCAAUGCAUGGUCCUCUCUCCAACUACUUGGCGCCUCCCCCAACAUAUGACGGAGGUGGAUUUUCGCUAUAUUGUAUUCCCCCCGCUGGUAAAAGACACUAGUCCAGAUACGCGUUGGAGUUCAGGCCGCAGUCAUUUCAUAUUCCCUGCACAUACUAACUCUACUUACUUAGUAAUUACUAAGUACAAUGAGGAAAAGAGUUACUGAACAUUCUGAUGGCGAGAAUGUGUCCUCAUCCUCUCGCAUGCAGACGAAAACAACCGUUUGCCAGGAAAAGAAGGGGCUGGCAUCAAAAUACUGGUUUUGGGUAAAAAGUGGCGCAUUUGCACUUUGUGCUAUUUUUAUUAUGAUGCCUAUCUUGGAGGAGCUUCCUGAAAUAAUAAGGCAGCGUGUAUAUUAUCAUCGAAUCAGAGCACCAUUUGUGUUUGAUCUCAGUCAUCCGGCUGAACUGGCACUAAAUCACACCAUCAACAUGUACCUUGAACCUGAAGAAGGAAUCUCCCUUGGCAUAUGGCACACUGUCCCGGAUGGUAAGUGGAAAGAAGCUCAAGGGAAGGACUCUGCAUGGUACCACAGAUCUCUGAAAGAUGGAAGUCCAGUUAUCAUUUAUCUACAUGGUAGAACACAGACAAGGGCAGCCAAGCAUCGCAUUGGAGUGGUCAACGUAUUGAGUUCCAUUGGUUGCCAUGUGUUGUCAAUGGAUUACAGAGGGUACGGUGACUCGACUGGAAAGCCCACGGAGGAAGUCCUUACCAAGGACGCUGUCUGGCUGCAACGUUGGGCCAAAGAGCACAGCGGAGGCAGCCGAGUGCUCAUCUGGGGACACUCUCUUGGAAGCGGAGUGGCUACAAACACAGCUGUCAGAUUAAUGGAGCAAGGUGUGCUAGUUGACGGUGUGAUCCUUGAAGGUGCAUUUAAAAAUGCACGGGGGGCAGAGCCUCAAAGUUACUUCUACAGGUAUUCAUGGACGAUAAAAAGGCUCAUAUUGAGAGACGAAUUGGGCGAUAUGAUCUUCCCUAAUGACGAGAAUGUAAAGAAAAUGAGGAACCCGCUUCUGUUCCUUCAUUCAGAGGAUGAUCAUUUAACUACGCUUCGUAACGCUGAACAGAUGUAUCAGGCAGCGCUAAGUGUCCAGGAUGACAAACGAGUCAGGAUGGUAACGUUUGAAGGCUCUCUGGGGUAUCUGCAUAAUGGAUUAUAUAAAGACCCUCGCCUGCCCGCCAUCAUCAAGAACUUUGUGGUUACAACAGAAGAAAUGUCGUGAAGAUCUUCAGAAUGGCCUUGCCAUGCAGGGAACGAUGACGUAAAUUUACACAUCACUUAAGGAUAUACAUUUUAUUACGUUAAUAUAAUUUCAAUGACUUUGUUCGAUUUCUGUUAAACAUAAUUCCAAUGACUUUGUUUCUUUUCUCUUAAACAGUAUUGGUGCUGAUGAAUUAUUCACAAUACUUACAAAUAAAUAUGUGUAUGUAUUGGUAAAUUUAUGUUGAUAAUAAUAAUAAUUUGGUUAAAAAAUAA